UGUUGGUGCUCUCGGUGGAGCUGGUACCAGUGAAGUCGGUGGUGGUGGUGGUGGUGGUGCUCUCGGUGGAGCUGGUGCCGGUGAAGCUGGUGUUGGUGGUGGCGGAGCUGGUGCCGGUGGUUGCCCAGCCCAAGCUGCUUGAGUCCUGCCACUCCUCAGAACUCAGUUCCUUGGUUCCACCAAGUCCUGCCGGCCAUCUCUCCUUGCAGAGAGGUGAGUGAAGUCAGGUGGUUCAGGGCCCAUUUCCACUGCACCAUGAAGAGGAUCUGGAAGAUCCUGCGUCGGCGGAACAUGGGGGUUCGGUCCGUGCCCUGUGAGAGCACGAGUGGCCAUGAACUCUGCCCAGAGGGACAAGACAAACUGCCGCCUGUGGAUGCCGGCAGCACCUCGGCCCAGGAGCAGCCCCUGGUGAAGAAGCCGGACACCAACUGGCAGCACACAGCCAACAGUCCUGUAGAGUCCACGGAGCAGGAGAACAAGAGAGAAACUGCUCCAGGCCAGGCAGAGGCUGUGUCGGCAUCCAGCGCUCCCUGUGGAUCUGGAGCUGUUGGAGAUGGGCAGCAUAAACGCGCUCCCCGUGGGUCCAGGGCUUCUAGAGCUGGGAAGCGUGCACGCACUCCCCAUGGGUUUGGAGCUUCUGGAGUCGGGCAGCAUGAUCGCACACCCUGUGGGUCCGGAGCUUCUGGAUUCAAGCAGUGUGAACCCACUCCCUCCUCGUCCAGAUCUGCUGGAGGCAGGCUGCAUGAACCCUCUCCCUCCUCAUCUGGAUCUCCUGGCUUUGAGCAGCGUGAGCUCACUCCAUGUGUGUCCAGAGGUUCUGGCUUUGAGCAGCAGCUUCUGGCUUUGGGCAGCAUGAACCCAGUCCCUCCAUGUAUGGACCUUCUGGAGUCAGGCAACGUGAACCCAGUCCCACCACGUCUGAAUCUUCUGGAGUCGAGCAACGUGAACCCAGUCCCUCCACGUCUGAAUCUUCUGGAGUCGGGCAACGUGAACCCAGUCCCUCCACAUCUGGACCUCCUGGGGUCAGGCAGGUUUGUACACGCUAAGAUUUUAAAUCAGAGUCUUCCCUUGAGGAUUCUCUUCCACCCCAAUGUGAAAUAA